UCUGCCGUUCAUAGCACGUACUAUCCGUGAAGAGCAAGACUGACAUGGCUGAUAUUUUUGAUUCGGUCAUUCUACUUUUUAAAUAAUUUUUAAUUUUGUUUAAAAAAAAGUGUUGUUUAGUUGCUUGUCAUGCUUUGGUGGCCCCUUGGUGGUGCAGCGUAACACUUAUCGAUAAUGUCAGCGUCGUGCACAAAGUGGAAGUGUAAACAAUUAUCAAAUAAUUGAAGUGUCCUCCUAAUGGCAGCCAAGUGUACGUUUUUCGCCGAAUUUUUUUGUAAAUAAUUAUGCAAAUGUGCGCGAAUUCAACUAGACUUUUUGUUGUUUACGAUGCCUCCUAAAACACAUCGCAACAACAUGGCCAGAACUAGCCUCCUUGUGUUUUGUUGUGCUGUCUUUUGGCUGAGCCGAUUGGAUAACGGGGUUCAAGCACUUAAAUGUAAGUGCGAUAAUUGUAAGGAAACCAACUACACGUGCCAGACCGAUGGGUACUGCUUUACAUCGACUUACUUGUCCAAAUCUGGAGGCGUCGAACAUAAUUAUCGAUGUUACCACAAAAAAAGCAUACCUGAUAUAGUAGAAACAUCAGGCAUGUCAACUGAAUUUUGUUACCGAUAUGCUGUUGUUACAAAUCAUCCGGACUUUACCAAAGUGGCAUCAUCGUGCUGUGACGAUAGAGAUUUUUGUAAUGCUAAUAUAACUUUGUCCUUACCAAACGAAUUAGAAUGGUUUGAAAAUGCAUCGAUGGCAGCGCCGAAAUUCUCCAAUUUUACAACAGCGGAAAUCGUCUUGAUGUCAGUCAUCCCAACAAUGUUGUUGUGUUUCAUCGGAGUUGGUGUUUAUUACUUUUACAAAACAAAACAUAAGCGUGGAGGGUUACACCACCAUUUACGUCACGGUGAAGACAGUAUUGAAGCUCCAGAUCAUCCUAUUUUAAAGGGUGUGAGUUUGCAACAUAUGAUUGAGAUGACAACGAGUGGUAGUGGCUCAGGCUUGCCUUUAUUGGUGCAACGUAGCAUUGCUCGCCAAAUCCAAUUGGUUGAAAUAAUCGGGCAGGGGAGGUUUGGCGAGGUGUGGAGAGGGCGUUGGAGGGGUGAAAAUGUCGCUGUGAAAAUUUUCAGUUCACGAGAGGAACGUUCAUGGUUUCGUGAAGCUGAGAUUUAUCAAACCGUUAUGUUACGACAUGAUAACAUCCUCGGUUUUAUUGCGGCCGAUAAUAAAGAUAAUGGGACAUGGACCCAAUUGUGGUUGAUUACCGAUUAUCACGAAUAUGGUUCGCUUUUUGAUUUCCUGGGUCGCAAUACUUUGGAUACCACCGGUAUGAUACGAAUGGCUUUAUCUAUAGCCACAGGUCUUGCCCAUCUCCAUAUGGAUAUCAUGGGUACGCAGGGCAAGCCAGCAAUUGCCCAUCGUGACUUGAAGUCAAAGAAUAUUUUGGUCAAGUCGAAUUUUACGUGUGCUAUUGGUGAUUUGGGAUUAGCUGUUAGACAUGAUGCGACAACUGAUACCGUUGAUAUUCCGCUCAAUAAUCGAGUGGGUACGAAACGGUAUAUGGCACCGGAAGUUUUGGACGAAACGAUGAAUGUAAAUCAUUUUGAUUCGUUCAAACGAGCCGAUGUUUAUGCGUUAGGGUUGAUUUUUUGGGAGAUUGCGAGGCGAUGUAAUGUGGGAGGGAUUUACGAUGAGUAUCAGUUACCGUUUUAUGAUGCUGUGCCGUCUGAUCCCACCAUUGAAGAAAUGAGAAGGGUGGUGUGUGUCGAUAAACAAAGGCCUAACAUACCAAACCGUUGGCAGAGUUGCGAAGCUCUCCGCGUCAUGUUGAAACUAAUGAAAGAGUGUUGGUAUCACAACGCGACAGCUCGUUUAACAGCUCUAAGGAUUAAAAAGACACUCUCUAACUUCCGAACAUCGGAGGAACUUAAAAUGUGAAAGUUUAGCAUGAUUGUGUCAGGUGUACAAAACAAUGUGUGAACGCUCACGCGAUUUUUUUUUUCGUUUAUUUUCCGAGUAUUACAAGUGUUGUAAGCCGGUCCUAUGUGAUAGAGCGUUGAUUUGUUAAAAAAAUGUCUCAUAGGAUGUGAUGAAAGGUCUGUAUGAAAGAGGAGUGAAAUGUUCACUGCCCCGGUUUGGUUCAUAUCCACAAUAAUAUACAGUACUGCCUGCCCACCCAUUCCAUAGUUUACGAGAGCUUCUUCCUUGGUUUUGUGACCGGUAAUAAUGUGAUCCUUCCCGAUUCUCUGCUUGAUCUCUAUUUCCGUUGAUUGUUAUAAUCUUUGAUGAAAUUAACUGCCGACAUGCCAAAGCCAUAAACAGAGUCAAUUAAUUUUUACACAAACAAGUAAUAGCUGUUAAAGACAAUAUUUUUUAUUCAACUGUUGAAAUCAACCGUUAUAGCGGAUAAAGUAGAGAUCUUUUUAUACAUAGUGUAGAUAUAAUACGUAAUAGUUGUACAUUUGUUUUGUUCGGUUUGAUUCAAAAGGCUCCUAGUCAACAAUAGAACAGCAGAUUCUGGCAACACCUGUGUGAAUGUGGAGUGAAAAUUUUCCUAGUUCCUACAAAUAUUUGGUGGUUUUUCGUUUUGCAAGCGUGUAAAAGUUGUUGCAUACUAUUUUUCAGUUGUAAAUAUUUUAAUUUUGACUAAGUGAGGAGAACGUAAUUUAACGUGUAUAAGAAUUUAAUUGUGCUAACUAUAUUUUUAAGGAUAUUUAUAAAAAAAAUAAAUUUACUAUGUAAUUGUUGUGAGCCUAACAUAUUUAGUUUUGCGAAAAAAAUUACUAAAAAAUUAAGGUGCACCUUAAAAAAAGAUUGAUGACAAAAUAUAGUUUGCAUAAGGAUAUUUUUAAGUGGUUAAAGUUAUACUCAUAAUAAUAUAUAGUUAUUCUAAUCAUGUAAUAUGAUAAAAUUUAAGUUGUACAGCUGCGUAGACGACUAACGGUAGUGUUGUAAAAUAUCGAUUGAUUUCCAUUUAUACACACACCACUUUUCCUCGAUUUAUUUAUUGUCAAACGGUUACAUAUACCUCAAUUUUUGGAGAUGUGUCGAUUGAUUGUUGUGUACGAGAUUUGAGGAAUUCGAGUAUUGGUGCGAAAUUAAGACUGAUUUGAAAUAAUUUCUCUUACAAAAUUAAAAUAGUUAGAUUUUUUAUAUUGAUUAGACUAGUAGUGAAGUGACCGAUAAUUUGUUAGAUUUUUUGCACAAAUUCUUCACUUACCUAACAUACAGUAAUAAUGAAUGUUUAUACAACAAUCUCGUAGAUGGUUAAACCGACGUCUUGUCUUUUGUCAAUAUGUACAUACAGAUGUAGCUAUCCUCAUUAUUGAAAAAAAGUGGUUAACCAUUAAAUGGUAAAAUAUUUUUUAAAUAACAAUAGUGCUGUUUGCAAGGUACAAAUUCAUGUCAGAGUUUUAUACAAGAGUAAAUUUGUUGUCAAGUUUUUGCCAAAUGUGUGCGUGGCCGUAUUUAUUACAACAUACAAACUGUGAUUCACCGCUCAUUUCUAUACAUAAUACAAAGCUCAGCCUCGUUUUAUUAUUAAUUACAGAAUUGUUCUUCAAAUGACAGAUACUUUAUAGUCGAGUAAAUAGGGCCACGUGCAAAAUCGUAGAGAACAUAGAGAUUAAGGUAUUCAAAAAAAAUCACAUUCAAAAAUUUCAAACUCAUCGUUCUGGCAGAAUUUUCGAAUUGCAUUGCAGGGAAAAAACAACACGAAGUACUGUAAUCUCUAUCUUAGAUUAAAAAUUCCUCAGGAUAAAUGUACACACAAAUGCAAUAGUUAACCUUACUCAAUAUUUCUAAUAGAUAUAGAUUUUUGUUGGAGCAAAUUUAUCAUAUUUUCGGCUCUUUUGUUACACAUUAAAACUUUCAAAUUUAUUUAUAGGGAGACAAUUAACCUAAGUAAGAUUUCUGUUUGUUUUUCUUUUUUUUUAAGUUUAUGUACAGAGAUGUUUUGUGCUUAGAUGCGAGUAUAUACCAUUUGUAAACGUAUUUGAAAAUAUAUUACUACUCAUAAAAA